GGGCCAGUGACGGCGGUGGGCGGGCACAGCUAAGAAAAUUAUAAGGUCGUUUGAAUUACGUUUGCUAGCGAGCGUGAUCGGCGAUAAUGAGCGCAGAAAUUUUAUCAGCGAUUGUCACAAUAAACGGAUAAUGAUCGCCGGGUCAGAGUCGACGCGCACCGCCAGGCGAAUCUGACUCCAGAGCCACCGGAGGAGAGGAUCGGCAGCCCGCUGUGGUAUUACCGGGAGAGGAUCCCGGUGCGUGCGUGUGUGUGAAAGACAGAGAGCGAGCCUCUGUCAAGCCGAGCGAGCGGCCGCGAGCGGAGGGGGCGACCCGGCUAGCUCGUAAGCCGAUCAAGGUGGAAUCGCGCACGGCGAGUUUCACGUCUGGGAAUUCACCUACAUGCUGACGGCGUCAACGCGGUGCAAGGAUGAUGCGUCUGGCGUGUUGCACUGCCCUGCUGUUUGUCUUGCGGCUGCUGGUGGGCUUACCUUGGUACCAAGUUCUCCCGGCCGCCUUGAUCUUCUACCUGGGAAGUGGAGGAUGGAAAUUCCUGCGGACAUUUUCCAGAACAAUCCACAGAGAUUUACAUGCGGCGUACGUGUUGCUGCGGGUGAAGAUGAACGUAAGACGGCACCUCCGAGAGAAGAACACUAUUCCUAAGAUUUUUGCUGAAACGGUUCGCCGCUAUGGGGACAAAACGGCUCUGAUAUUUGAGGGAACCGGAGAGCGCUGGACCUACCGACAGCUAGACGAGUACUCCAACAGGGUGGCUAACUUCCUCCUGCAACGGGGUUUCAAGGAGGGUGAUGUGGUGGCCCUUUUCAUGGAGAACAGGUCCCAGUAUGUGGGCCUCUGGCUGGGCAUGGCCAAGAUCGGCAUAGAGGCUGCUCUCAUCAACUUUAAUUUGAGACUGGAGGCCUUGGUCCACUGUGUCAGCAUCUCCAACGCCAAGGCUGUGGUGUUUGGCUCCGAGCUUGUUGAUGCUGUGUCUGAGGUCCACAGUUCAAUGGGGAAGGCAGUGCAGAUGUUCUGCUCUGGAGACUGGGAUCCCAAGCGAGUUCCACAGGGAACUGAGUGCCUAGAGCCCCUGCUGGCUGGUGCCCCGUCUCACCUGCCCAGCCGGCCACAACGCCUCUUCACAGAUCGCCUGUUCUACAUUUACACAUCAGGAACCACUGGGAUGCCUAAAGCUGCUAUUGUUGUGCACAGCAGGUACUACCGAAUGGCAGCUUUGGUAUAUUAUGGCUUCGGAAUGACUCCAGAUGAUGUGUUGUAUGACUGUCUUCCUCUCUACCACUCUGCAGGGAACAUUGUGGGAGUGGGUCAGUGUAUCAUUCAUGGCAUGACUGUAGUCAUCAAGAAGAAGUUCUCAGCCUCACGUUUCUGGGACGACUGUGCCAAAUACAACUGCACCAUCGUGCAGUACAUUGGUGAGAUCUGCCGGUACCUGCUGAACCAGCCGGUUCGAGACGCAGAGCGGCAGCAUAAGGUUCGCAUGGCACUGGGCAACGGCCUGCGCCUGUCCAUCUGGGAGGAGUUCAUGAAGCGCUUCAAUAUCCCGCAGAUUGCAGAAUUCUACGGAGCGACGGAGUGCAACUGCAGCCUGGGCAACUUUGACAACAAGAUUGGAGCGUGUGGUUUCAACAGUCAGAUUCUACCCUUUAUCUACCCCAUCCGACUGGUGAGGGUCAAUGAGGAGACCAUGGAGCUUAUUAGGGGACCUGAUGGCGUUUGCAUUCCCUGUAAACCAGGUGAACCUGGCCAACUUGUAGGCAAGAUCAUUCAGAACGACCCCCUUCGAAGGUUUGAUGGUUAUGUCAAUGAAUCCGCUACCAACAAGAAAAUUGCUCAUAGUGUCUUUAAGAAAGGAGACAGUGCCUAUCUCUCCGGUGAUGUGUUGAUUAUGGAUGAAAACGGCCACAUGUACUUCAAGGACCGAACAGGAGACACUUUCCGCUGGAAAGGAGAGAACGUCUCAACAACAGAAGUGGAGGGAACUCUCAGCAGACUGCUGGACAUGAAAGAUGUAGUUGUGUAUGGAGUGGAAGUGCCAGGAGCUGAAGGAAAAGCUGGAAUGGCGGCCAUUGCUGAUCCGUCUCACUCCACUGACCUGCAAAAGUUUGUGAAAGACAUGGAGAAGACUCUUCCUCCAUACGCAAGACCCGUCUUCCUCCGCUUUCUGCCAGAGGUUGACAAGACAGGAACAUUUAAGUUCCAGAAGGCAGACCUGCGACGGGAAGGCUUUGAUCCCAGUGCAGUGUCGGACAGAGUGUACUUCAUGGAUUCCAGCAGAGGGCGCUACGUGCAGCUGGACGAUGAGCUUUACCGCGCUAUACUGUCAGGAAAACACAAGUUGUGAUGACCAGGCAGACCACAACAUCCACACUUGUACACAAACAUACACACACAGACAUGC